AUGGCUGACGUCAGCGCGAGAUGCUCUGAGCGGCGUUACUCCCGACGCGCUGCUUCUGCUACCACCAGCGCUGGCGCUGAUCUGCCGAGAGCCAGUGCUGAAGCGGUGGACGUGGCGAGGGCCGAUGCUGAUGUGGCGGAACAUAACGGUGACGUGGCGAGCGCAGGGAGCACGAGGGAGGCGGCGGUGGCAGCGGGGCGCGGGAAGGGUCUGCUGGCGUUCUACGCGGACCACCACGUGGUGCCCCUGCCCGCCGGCCACCGCUUCCCCAUGGACAAAUACCGCAGCACUCGCCUUCUCCUGCAGUCAGAUGCAUCUCUAGAUCGUAUCCUGGCCGUCCAUCCUGCACCUCUUGUCUCAUGGGUGGAGCUUCAGCAGGUGCAUGAGGAGGGCUACUUGACGCGGCUAUUCACACACGCGCUCUCAGAGCAGGAGCAGCGAGUGCUGGGCUUCCCCUGGUCGCCGCACCUGCUGCUGCGCUCACAGGCCUCGUGCGGCGGCACUGUAGCAGCCACCCACGCGGUGCUGAUGGGGCUCAGGCGGGCGGCGGGGGUGCUGGCGGGCGGCACACACCAUGCGUUCCGGGGGCACGGGGAGGGCUUCUGUGUGUUCAACGACAUAGCAGUGGCAGCGCUGGCAGCACUCACGCACCACCCCACCGUCUGCAAUGCCGACCGGCCCAUCCUGGCCCUUGAUCUCGACGUGCACCAGGGCAACGGCACGGCGAGCAUAUUCGAGGGCGACCCGCGAGUGGUGACAUUCUCAAUGCACGGCGCCAACAACUACCCGUGGCGCUCCAAGCGCCGCUCCGACUACGAUGUGGAGCUGCCCGACGACACGGGGGAUGCUGCUUACCUCUCCCUGCUCGAACAGUGGCUUCCGAAGCUGUUUGAGCACCACCGGCCGAGCCUCGUCAUGUUCCAGGCAGGGGUGGAUGCUCUUAAAGAGGACAAACUUCAACGUGGUGGUGAACGCUGUAACGCGUCUGGCCUGCACUGUUGGAGGGAACCGAGAACAUUCACCGCGUGCCCUUCCUCGUCGCUUCUCGCUGCCCUCGAAGUUCCCAGCGAAGCAUCAUCGCCUGGCGCGCGCUGCCAGGCAGGCGGGACGGGAGUGUGGAAUUUGCGCCCCCCCCUCACCGCCUGCCUGUUCUGCAAUCCUCCGCGCUUCGUGCUUGCCUCUGCUCUCGCCUCGUACAACCUCGUCUAUAUACCGCACUGCGCGCCGAUGGCUGCUGCUCCGCCUCUUACAGCUAGUCCGAGCAAGGCGGCGUCAUCGUGCGCGGGCGGGGAGGUCGCGCCAGCCAUCCCCGGCAUGACGCUGAGCCCGCAUAAGCCGACCUCCGCCGCCGCCGCCGCCGCCGCGGAAGGGCCGCUCUCCAUCGUCAUCUUCGGCGCGUCGGGCGACUUGGCGAAGAAGAAGACGUUCCCCGCGCUCUUUAAUCUCUUCCAGCAUGGCUUUCUCCCCGCUGGAGAGAUCCGCAUCUUCGGAUACGCGCGCUCGCCGAUGACGGCGGAGCAGCUGCGCGAGAAAAUCAAGGGCUACCUCAAGCCCAAGGGCGACACGGCCCCCGCCCAGGACCCCGUUGCAGAUUUCCUCAGCGUGGUGGAGUACAUCCACGGCCCCUACGACGGCCGGGACGGCUACGCCAAGCUGCAGAAGGCCAUGCUCGCAUUCGAAAACACCACCGCUCCCACCGCCACCACCAGCGACAGUACCACUGGCACCACCAGCGACAGUACCACUGGCACCACCAGUGACAGCAGCAGCGGGGCGACGAGGCGGCUGUUCUAUCUGGCGCUGCCGCCGUCGGUGUACCCGCCGGUGUGCGCGGAGGUGCGGUGGUACUGCAUGAACGCGCGCGGGUGGACGCGCGUCAUCGUGGAGAAGCCGUUUGGGCGCGACCUGGCGAGCGCGGAGGCGCUGAGCGGCGAGCUGGGGGCGCUGUUCAGCGAGGAGCAGAUCUACCGCAUCGACCACUACCUGGGGAAGGAGGUCGUCCAGAACCUGUUGGUGAUGCGCUUUGCCAAUCGCUUCUUCGUGCCGCUGUGGAACCGAGAAAAUGUCGCCAACGUGCAGAUUGUGUUCAGGGAGGACUUUGGCACGGAGGGCCGCGGAGGCUACUUUGACCAGUAUGGCAUCAUUCGGGACAUCAUUCAGAACCAUCUCAUGCAGGUGCUGUGUCUCGUAGCAAUGGAGAAGCCGGUGUCAGUGCAGCCAGAGGACAUUCGGGACGAGAAGGUGAAGGUGCUGCGAGCCAUACAGCCCAUCAGGGAGGACGAGGUGGUGCUGGGGCAGUACGACGGCUACACCGAUGACCCCACCGUGCCCGAUGGCUCCCACACGCCCACCUUCGCGUCGCUUGUGCUGCGCAUCAAGAACGAGCGCUGGGAUGGGGUGCCGUUCAUAAUGAAGGCGGGCAAGGCGUUGGAGUCACGCAAGGCGGAGAUCCGAGUGCAGUUCCAUGAUGUGCCGGGCGACAUCUUUGGCUGUGGGCGGAACUCGCGGGACGAGUUUGUGAUGCGCCUGCAGCCAUCAGAAGCCAUGUACAUGAAGCUCACGGUGAAGAAGCCGGGGUUGGAGAUGGCAGCGACGAUGAGUGAGUUGGAUCUGAGCUACAGCCAGCGCUACUCAGGAGUGGUCAUCCCCGAGGCCUACGAGCGCCUCAUCCUCGACAGCAUCAAUGGCGACCAGCAGCACUUUGUGCGCCGAGACGAGCUCAAGGCGGCGUGGGAGAUCUUCACGCCGCUGCUGCACCGCAUCGAUCAGGGCGCCCUCCCCCCGCACCCUUACAAACAAGGCAGCCGGGGCCCCGAUCACGCGGACGAGCUGGCGGAGCGCGUGGGGUACCGCCGCACUCAGGGGUACUGCUGGAUUCCGCCGACCCUCGCGGAAUAG